AUGAAUAAUUAUAAAUUAUAAAAAGUCUUAUUCAAAAAAGUCAAUAAAGGUGUAAUAGUUGAAGAACAUCUCCUUGUUAGAUCAUUGAUGGAUAAAUAAUGUUAUAUUUUGAAAAGAACAGAUAUUAGCAAAAUUAAUGCAGAAAGAUUAAAAGAAAUUGAAAAUCAUCUAAAACAAUUGAUCAAUAUCAAACAUCCAAGUUUAACUAAAAUUAAAGAAUACUUUAUUGAAUCUUAAUAUCUAAUCUAAGUCUUAGAAUAUUGUGGAGGUACUCAAUCCUUAAUAAAUUAGAAUAAAUUUUAAAUGAAAGAUUAAACAAGUAAGUCUCUGUUAAUUUAGUAUGUCAAUAUUUACUUUAAUUGUUAUUUGCAUUAAAUUACUUAGAAAUCCAAUAGAUUAAUGUCUCAUUAGAUUUAGACACAAUAUUUUUAAAUUCUUUUGGAUCACUCAGAAUAUAAUUUGAUUUACUUUCUCAUAAAAAUUGGAAAGAUGAAGUUAAAUAUCUUUAACAAGUUCUAAAAAAAACUAAUUUGGAUUGGGAAUCAUAAAAAUCACAUGAAUUGACUUAAAUCCUUAAAUCACUAAUGUAACCUAAUCCACCAAGUGUUUAAUAAAUGAUUAAUCAUCCUUAUUUAUUGAAAGCUAUGUUUGAUUUUUGUAAAUAAUAAGAUCUAGAAGCUUAAGCUUAAUUAAAUUAAGAAAAAUUAAUUAAAGAGCAAACCAAUAAUAAAAGAGUAGUUAGAGCAUCUACUUCUGCUAAUUAACAUAGAUAAAAAAUAACAUAAUAAUCUCCUACUUAAAGGAAGAAUUCAAAGGAUAGACCAUAAACUAAUUAAUAAUAAAAGAAGAAACCUGAACAAUAGAUUAAAUAAUAACCAAUUAAAAAUUAAAUACCUCCUAGACCUAUCAGAUAAAGGAAUAAUUCUUAAGAUAUUGUGAUUAAUGAAUCAGUUUUAAAUCAAGAUUUACUAAUGACUAAAGGUAAAUAGGAAUUGUAAGAAUUAUUAAAACUCUAUAAAGACUAGCUUAAAGAAAGUAGUAAAUAAUAUAAUCCAUGGCUUAAUAUGUCUGAAAUUAAGGAAAUCACUGAAUAUGAUACAACUACUAACUUAAAUCAACAGGCAUGA